UGCCACAAAGCUCUAAGCAGCAUUUGGAUAGAAAUAAGGGAUGUGGCUUUGAAUUUGAACAGUUCCUCUUUUUUACAAUCAGUUGGUUGGUUCCUUUUCUUUUUUCCACAGAGUAGAACCAUCAAAAACAGUGUUUUUGAUACAAAUUAUUUAUUUUAUUUUCUUAUGAAUUAAUUUUCUUUCUCAAAUCGGAAACAUCCUGGAGUUUUAAUUUCAACGCCAUCUUAAUUAUUCUUACAAAGGAGGACUUGAAACAAUCAGGAUCAUUGUAUUCCUCAACAAGGGUAAGAAGGAUAAGACGGUCUCUCUGCUUUGAACCACAAUGAAUCGGGUGGAAGAAUGGGUUUUGGAGAACAAGGACAAGAUCGAGAAAGGAGUGGAAAUCAUGGGGCAAGGCUGCGAGGUUUUAGCAGCCACCGUGGGACAGUUCCACCCCAUCCUGGAGGCCGUGUUUUUGGCCUCGGCCGAACUCCUCGGAAACCCAGAAGGCAAAGAGGCCAAGUUUCUAGCUGAGCAGUUUGAAAAGAUCAACCAGAAACUUGAAGGUAUUCAAGAUGAAAUCGACCAAAUUGCUUUGGAGAUGCAGCGGACGACCAUGAAUAAACAGAACUUUGACCGCGAGGCAAAGAUAAUCAGUCAGUAUGAGAAGUUUCAAGACUUUGUCAAUGCUAAGCCCAAGUUCAAGGAGAAGAAGAAAGAUAAGUUUAUAACCCAGUAUGAGAACACUGGUGGUGAUCUGAACAUUGAUUCCUUGUACAAUGCUGUAACUGGAGAGAAUAUCUCUGGAGAUGCCAUGUUGGACACGGUGGUGACCACAGAGCAAAGGAGCCGGAAGCCAGUGGAGGAGUUCUGUGCCAGACUGAAGAAGAUAUUUGUGAUGGGAAUUAUAGCAGUCAUGGGUCACGCCGCCCUGAAAGAGGGAGCGGUAGGCGAGGCCAUGGUGAAGAAAUGGCAGGAUCGCAUGGAAGACGUAGAGACACGCAUGAAAGCAGUGGUGGAUGACUGCAUUGAGAAUUUCCCUCUGCAGGCCAAAACAGAUGUGGAGCAUCAACUUCUGGAGCGACAAGCCAAGGUUGACCCAGAGUUCACAGGAUUUAUACUGGAUAUCCUUGCAAAGAAGUAUUAUUGGGUUUUCUGGUCAGUUCGGGUCUUCAACCACAGCGGCAUAUUCUUCUGGAAUUGGCUCGCUGGCAAAAAGUACCAUGGAAGUGGAGGAGGUGGCAACUUUUUUGAUCUUCUGACCCCAAACAACAUCAGAAUCGUUGUGUCUUUCAGUGCAGACCCCAAACCAAUUAACAAGAGCCAGAUUGUAGAUCAAAUAGAGAUGCAAAAGUUGAAGGGGAACAUGCAGUCUGUGGCUCAGACGCUGUGGAAGAUGCUUCCCAACACUGUGGUCCAUGCCAUUAGCUGCUAUAAGAAAAUAGAAGAGAAAAACAACUUCCAGCCAGAAUGUUUCUACUUUGGGAGGCACAAAAGGGCAUACCUGUGCAUUCAUUCUGAAUAAACAUUGUGAAAAAUUGAAUUGGGAAUCAGUCUUUUAUGUAUUUACUACUAUUUACUAAACUUUGACUGAAUUGUUACUGCGGACCUAUAAAGAAUGAAUAUUAAUGCUGGUUCACUUUAUUUUCACAUGUCAGUGCAUAAAAGGACAAUAAAGAUAAAUAAAUGUAUGUGUGACCAAACAUAAAUGUGGACAUUUCAGACAGAAGCUGUAUGAUUGUAGUUUCAAAUUCAUUCGAAAGAGUGGUUGAGUGGAAAAACUUUAAAGAUAGGGUUUCAUUGUUAGCCAUGGUGUUUACAAUCAAACAGCAUUUCAUUUAAACUUGAGAUUGUAGUAAAGGUCUUUACUGGAAAAAUUAUAUAGUGAGCAUUCCGUUAACUAUACUCUGUAAUCCAAGAAUCAUGUCUCUUUCUUGUUUAUGAUGGUAUGUAAUCACAAAUAAAACAACUAUUAUCUAGAAAUUUGUUUCAAAUUAUCAAAAGCUAUCCAAAUGGGUUUUUGUAUUUGAAAUACUGCCCAUCCCUGCCUACAAACAUUAUGCAUUUUUUAAUUAAACUUACUGCAUGCC